UCCCAUCUUUUCUCCGUGUCCUGAAGGCCUCUUCUGGCCUUGAUUGACAGACACAGGUGUCGGCUUUCCCGCUUCGGGCGGGACUUCCUGUGCUCAACAUGGCGACGUCCUGCUUGGCUCAACGCGUCUGAAGGAUGUCCAUGCAACAGGUGAGUGUAGGUGAGCUCCUGCUCUCAUUGGACAGUACGGACCUGCAGGAGGCGGAGCAAGGCCGGGAGGCAAUCAGCCAACAGUUGAAUUCAGACAGAGGAGGCGCUGUGCUCUGCAGCCUGGUGGACUGCUGCUUGAACUCUUCUUCGUCUUGUGAGCUGAUUCUGACGCUGCUCUCGUCCAUCCGAGAACCUCUACACAAGGCCCUGCUGGACAAACUGAAUGAGGCGGUUUCCAGGCCAGUGAGCCGAUUGGCCGCCGUCACCCUGCUGGGUCACAUGAUCAGCCAGCAGCCGCCGUGGAUUCAUCGCGUCAGCCGAUCGCCUCUGCUCGCCACGCUGCUGCGCUGCCUCAAGAGCGACAGUGACGUGAAGCUGCUGGUCCCUGGAGUACUGGUGAUAGUGAUGCUAUUACCCAUGAUCCCUCAGGCUGCCAAGCAGCACAUCUACGACUUCUUUGACGUCUUUGGACGCCUCGCGUCAUGGAGCCUCAAAAACCCUGGCCACACCCCCACGGUCCACGUGGUCCACCUGCAUGCCGGAGUGUACUCCUUGUUCCACCGCCUGUACGGAAUGUUCCCGUGCAACUUCCUGUCAUACCUGCGCCUGCACUACAGCAUGAAGGAAAACCUGGACACCUUCCAGCACGUGGUCAAGCCCAUGUUGGACCAGGUUCGUGUUCAUCCCGAGCUGGUGAGUGGAACUCAGGACUCUGAGUUGGAUCCUUCCAGGUGGCGUCACUACGAGGUCCAUGACAUUAUCAUGGAGUGCUCCCGGGUCUCCCUGGACCCCUUGGAGUCCUGCUGUGACGACCACAUGCCGGCCCACCUGGACCACACCUGUCCCCGCGGCGCGAGCCGCAGCAAGGAAGGCGAGCGGACGCACACUUCCUGUCUCUCAGGAAGUGCGCUCGACAUUGACCACCUGGAUGUACAAGUCCUCCGACACUGGCCUUUUAGUUAUUCCAAAUGUCAGGACACACCCUCAAGAGCUGAGCUGUCUGCGUGUGAGGCCCGAUGCACGGCGCUCCGGAAGACGGUCCGGACUCUGCAGCGCGAGAUGCUUCACCUCGGCAGUGCACAACAUUUAACGACAUGUUCUGACAUCAUCACGUUUUCCGCCCCGCAGGCCCGCCGCCGACGAGCCCGAUCUCCGGCCGUCCUCGUCCUCCGCGGAGGACAUUGUGACCGCCCGUCCACUUCGCCCGUCCUCCUCGCCGCCGCCGUCGGCUCCUUCCUGGAGCGGAGGGCGUGGCGGCUUUUCAGACCGCCCGAUCGCAAUCCGGAGGAUGAUGAGGCCCGGACAGGAAGUCCCCGCGAGGAUGCCGCCCUCCUGGCAGGAAGCGCGCAGAUGCGGCGGGCCCCCGACCCGUCGCUCGCCGUCCGCCAGAGACGCCGCGAGCUGAGCAUUAUGGACUACGACGACACGACGGCGCGCGCGUGAUACGCGCCCGCUCAAUUCCUGGCGACGGCCCUUUUGAUUCUUGAGAAUGUGAACGCCAGAUAAUAACGUUAUUGUACCAACACGCCGCCUUUGCUUUUUCUGACCAUCUAUUACGCGCGGCUUCUCGUCUGCCUUGUUUGUUUUGGACACGUUCCCAUUUUUAUUUAGUCUGCGUUGGGAAACGGCGUGUGACGUCCGCCCUCGUUUCCGAGAGGCCUCGCUCGCGUCCGUGACGGCGCCGAACGAGGUCCCAGGUCCGAGCGCGCUUGGACUGCUUUUGCGGUUCAGCGUAGCCCCCUCUAGUGGUUCACGAAUGAAUCGCUGCCCAAGAAUACUUCAGCUGUAUUUUACUUGGAAUUGACCUUUUAUGUGCAAUACAGUUGAAUUGAAACAUGA